AUGAAUUAUAACGAUGAUUAUAAUCCAUUUGCUGACUCGUCAAUUCAACAAGCAACAGCAUCAUCAUUUUCAAAUCAACAACCAGUUAAUGAAUAUAAUCCAUUUGAAAAAACAGCUACAACGGCUCAACCUGCUCCACCUCCACCUUCACAACAACCAAAUAUUGCUGCUGUUUUGCCACCAACACAACCUGCAACAUAUCAAUCACCAUUUUAUGCAUCAUCAGCACCACCACCUAAUACUGUUCAACGACCAAUAGAAACACCAACACGUGUUGACCUUAGUCAAUAUGAACGACAACAAGCCGAACUUGAACAACGUGAAAAGCGACUUGCAGACCGUGAACGUGCAUUAUCAGACUCAACAAAGCUUCAAAAAGGUGAAAAAAAUUUUCCACCAUUACCAAAAUUUUGUCCAUGUGGACCAUGUUUUUAUCAAGAUAUAAGUAUUGAAAUUCCGAGUCAAUUUCAAAUUUGGGUUCGAUAUCUUUACUAUUUAUGGUUAAUGUAUUCGGCUACAUUGUUCUUGAAUAUGAUUGCUGCAUUAUCUUAUUUUGUGGUUGAUAAAAAUGGUGCAGCAACAUUUGGUUUAUCACUUGUCUAUCUCUUUCUUUUUAUACCCUCAUCGUAUAUUUGUUGGUUUCGACCAAUUUAUCGAGCAUUCAGAGAAGACAGUGCAGCAAAUUUUAUGAUCUUUUUUUUGGUCUUCUUCAUACAACUUAUCAUAACAACGUUACAAUUUCUUGGCGUUGCGAAUUUUGGAUGUGGCUUCAUACUUAUGAUUAAAUUAUUCACGGCUGGUGGAAGCAAAAUUGCAGUUGGUCUCAUAGUUAUGAUUGUUACAUUCAGCUUUGCUUUAGUUGCUGCCGCCGGUGGUUUAUUAUUGAUUAAGGUGAACGGUUUUGCUCGACUUGGUUUAAUGGCAACCAAUAAAGCUGUUGGAACUAUGAUGAUCAUUCUUGGUUCUUUAUGGUCAUUAAUAUCUCUUUUAUCUGUUCUUCUUACAAUAAGGGUUCAUCGAUUGUAUAGACAAUCAGGCGCUAGUCUUGAACAAGCUCAACGUGAAUUUCAAUCAGCAUUUGUAAACAAUCCAACUGUUCGUGGAGCAGCUCGUGAAGUAGCAACAGCCGGUAUUAACGAAGCAGUACGUAGUAAUGAUAAUCAACAACGGCCAAUUUAUUAA